CCCAAUCCUAAUCAGACCCAUCCCGGUCCUGUUACACACACCCCGUUAGACAUCAGCAAGCAGGUCAGAGUAGGAUCAAGAUCCAAAGCUCAAGAGAGGGAUAGAUCAGGAAAGGGGGAAGAAAGAAAAAGAGAUCAAGAGAAAAAGAGAUCAAGAGAUCGAGAGAGAGAGAGAGAGAGAGAGAGAGAAAGAAAAUGGCGGCCAAGGGCACCAUCUCCCGCCCGGCCCCCCCGGGCCGCCUGCCGACCUCGGGCUCCACGAGCUCCGGCCGCGCCCUCGGCUCCGGAUACGAGACCCCCAUGGGCGUCGAGGGCAUGCCGUGGCCCGACACGCCCCUGUCCGCGCCGGCAACGGCGGCCGUACCCGGCGGCAGCGGGGGAUUGGCGGCAACAACGGCAGGAGGACUCCGGCGGGCGAGGACGGAUCUAGGAGGAGGAGCCGUUUCCGGCGGACCGGGGCCCGCGUCGCUGUCGGCUCGGCUGCAGGGCCUGGCGACGGGGUCGGGGGCGGGCAACGGGCCGUCGCUGAGGGGGGUGCACUCGCCGGCCGAGAGCCUCAACGGGGUGGUCACGCGCGCCAGGGGGACGGGCAGGAAGGUCGGGUGGAGGGACCGGGUCGCGUGCUUCCAGUGGACUUGGUUCACCAUGACCAUGGUGCGUCCGUCUCUCGCUUUUUUUUUUACUUUCUUUCUUGCUUUCGGAUGGGGAGAUCGUGGAGCUCGUCGCAGAGAGAGAAAAAAAAAGCUGGUAUAAUGCUGAUGCUGAUGUGGGAAUGUCUUAGGCAACCGGGGGUAUCGCGAACAUGUUGCAUUCUAUACCAUACAGGUCACAAUGGCUGACGGGUAUCGGGUUGGGCUUUUUCUUCCUAAAUCUCUGUCUCUUCGUUAUGAACUGCAUCUUGAUCUCGCUACGGUUUUACUUGCGGCCCGGAAGUCUGGUGGACUCGUUCACAGACCAGUUUGAGAGUCUGUUCAUAUCCGCCAUUGUGAGUAGCUGUUACUAUUUCUUUUUUUUUUCUUUGUCCUUCUUCUCCUUCGAUUCGACGCAACUCGAGCAUGGGACUACUACUGACACAGGCUCGAGAUCGUC